AUGGAAGACAAAAAGACUUUUGUCAAGAGACCCGAUGUUCUGAGGAAGCUCAACGCUGAGAACCUUCAUCUUAUCGAGAGAGGACUGCUCGGUGACCUGCCAGAUAGAUUUAAAACGCCAGUGAUACCUGUGCGAGGCGACUGUAAGGAUUUAGUGGUUUCCAAACCUCAAGGAUUCCUAUCUUCAUGUCUCCCGGUACCGGUCCUCGACUCGCCGUGUUCAGAGAAAGCUAGCUAUUCAGACGAAGAACGCUUCGCUCCACUAAAGAAGACGUUCAGUUUCCGAGAACGAAUCACCAAAAUGAACUUCUUUUCCAAAGACAGAAGCCCAGAGAAGCCGAAAUGGAAAACAAUAAUAGAAGAACACAAAACGCACGCAAAUUUUAAAUCGGACAUUACAAAAGCGUUGAAGUAUGAGAAAUUCGAACACGAUUGUAAGUCACAUAAACGCUUUUGGUUCUUUAGAAAUAAAGAAUUGGUCGAAAAGAGAGCGAAAUCGGGCAGACCCUCUUACAAGCGCAGUAAGAGUUUCGAGUUUUUGCCCAGGGCCGCAGAGGAUUCGGAGGACGAAAUAGAGGGGAAAAAGAAACUAUCAAAGAUCCAAUCCUACGCAUUCGGGAGUAGCGAUACUAUAAUAGAUUCGUGGUGCUCCAACGAGAGUCUGGAUCAGCUAGCUAAUGUUUACUACGACAAAAUCGAUACAGUACACUUGACGAGUAUAAGGGAGAUACCGCAGGAUUCAGACCAGUUCUCCAGUACCUCAGCCACGUCCUCCAGUGGUUUAGUUGUGAAUAUUAUGAAAUCCGACUCGGUCCAGGACCUUUUGGACGAGUUCGAUAAAACCGUGGAUAUGUUUAGUGAGAAUUACCUGAGUGAUUGUGAGCCGUAUACGAAAUCGUCAAAUGCUCUGUCGGUGAAGGAGAGGCGUAAGAGCUCCUCUUUCAGCACCUUGCCAUCGCCGAAAAUUGUUCAAAUGACGAAAAUCAAUAAAGUAGAUGACGGGUUCAAAUCUGAACUGGCUAAAAUGCUAUUGGAAAGACAAGUGUCUAGUGUCAGUGAUAGGUCGGUUAGGCGGGGUUCGGUGACCGAUUGGUUUGUUUUGGAAGAGAAUAAGCCAACACAGGAGCUAGCAGAAGCGCCGGUCGAGUCCGAUAAGUACAAAAGGGCGCAAAAGAAGCCGAUGCAACGUGUUAGAAGAAUAAGUUCAACGAAAUAUGUAAGAACGACCAGCGACUAUAGAGUUUGGGUUGUGGUUACUUGGGCAGGUAACAGAAAAGGAAAAUUAAGACCAUACAAGAUAUUAAAAAAAGAUCCAGAGUACCAGGAAGCUUUCAAGAACUUCGGCAACAACGAAUUAAUUGAAAAUUUAAAUUAUCAACAAAACAUCUUUAAUAUUAUUCAGAGAUUUAUAUGUAAUGUCUACAAUGUCCCUAAUGUAAUUGAUGUUGAUGGCGCUAGACUUCAAAUAUUCAUCGACUCGUACACAGUCUCCGAUGUAAACGAAGCUUUUGACCGAAAGAAGUUGCGAAAUUUUGACGCUAGCAACCUACCGCCUUGCAAAAGCGAGCUACUGCAGCAAUUUCUGCGAGCAAACUAUGUAUGUACCAUUUGGAAUAAUGCUCAUUUGAAAAAUCCAACCACAUAUCAACCAGACAAUAACGGCUGGGUAUUAAAAGAUGACAAAUACCAGUUCAAAUGGUUUGAAGGGGAUCAACUACCGAGUUAUGUUAGUGAUUCGCUCAAAACUCAAUCAGAAACUGACGAAGAAGGUGAUGUUGAGGACGAUCAUGCCAUCGAUUGGAGUAGUAGUGAUGAAGAAAAUGAAAACAUCGACGACAAUGCUUAA